UAUGGCAGGCUCAAAGGAGGAAAAUGAAGACGCAACAUCAUCAAAAGAAAACAAAGAUUUAACGCAAGACACAGUCAAUCCGAAGCAGCAUGAAAGGGAUUCGGAACAAGAGAAGGAAGAGGUUCAUGAAACCAAAUUGUAUUUUAACGUAAGUGAUAAUAAAUGGCCAAUUAUCUAUUCCCCUGAGUACAACAUUGGCUUUCUCGGCCUGGAGAAGCUUCACCCAUUUGAUUCUGGCAAAUGGGGGAAAGUCUUUGGAUUUCUAAAAGAUGCGGGAAUGUUAAGUGAUGAAAACACGGUGCGACCUGUAGAACCCUCUGAAAAGGAUUUGCGGGUUGCUCAUACCAAGCGGUACCUUAAAAGUCUACGAGAUAAUCUAACAGACGGCUUGCCUGAGUGGAGUGUCAAUGUAGCCAGUAUUACAGAGGUUCCACCCGUUGCUAUGCUACCUAAUUUUCUUGUACAAAGAAAGGUGUUGCGUCCUUGUCGUCUACAGACUGGUGGUACCAUUUUGGCUGGUAAACUAGCUAUGGAACGCGGAUGGGCAAUCAAUGUAGGAGGAGGCUUCCAUCAUAGCUCAGGGGACCGUGGGGGAGGCUUCUGUGCCUAUGCAGAUAUUACACUAACCAUCAAGUUUUUACUGCAAAGGAUGGAAGGUGUUAGCAAAGCAAUGAUAGUAGACCUAGAUGCACACCAGGGUAACGGACACGAGCGGGAUUUUAUGGGGGACGACCGAGUGUACAUCAUGGAUGCCUAUAACCGCCAUAUAUAUCCUCAUGAUGGGUUCGCUAAACGAGCUAUUCAUCGUAAAGUAGAAUUGGAGAUGUAUCUUGAAGACCCAUUCUACCUUGACCAAGUUAGCAGGAACUUAGAAGCUGCACUUAAGGAGUUCACGCCUGAUGUUAUUGUUUACAAUGCAGGUACGGAUGUACUGAGGGGUGAUAAUCUAGGGGCACUUUCCAUAACACCAAGGGGUAUUGUUGAACGCGAUGAGUAUGUAUUCCAGGCAGCCAAGAGUCGGAAAAUCCCCAUUGUCAUGGUAACAUCAGGAGGAUAUCAACGGAAUAAUGCCGAAAUCAUUGCAAUGUCGAUACUCAAUUUGCGAAAUAAACAACUCAUUAACUGUGAUGCAGCAACACAAAACCAAGAGAGCUUACUUCGUGCAGUAGGAACUUCAAAGGCAACUGAUCCAGUAGCAGAAGAACCUAGACCAGGUCUGUUUUCCCGUUUCUUUCGUGGCUCUCGAGCUCCACAAAAACCACCUUCAAAAGCUUCUCCAACAGCCGAGUGUGCUGCUGAGAAUAUCGGAACAACUGCAGUCACAGGUGACAGUCAAGAAUCACCAGUCGAACAAAAACAUGAUCUUAUAAUUCCAGACCCAGAACAACAUAAUUUAAAAGCAUCAGGUGAAUACAGAACUACACAAAGAACAGAACUAUAAAAGAACACAAGGAAUCACCAGCUUUAGAGGAAAACCGUAAAAUCCUCUGUGGCAGAACUUCAGAACUCAACAUUGCAUCAUCAUAAAUCAAUAGCUGCAAAGAAGUAUCGGACCUCAGCAGUUAAAGAGGAUCAUCAAAACUCACCAGCUGCAAAGGAACGUCAAAACUCACCAGAUGCAGAGGAACAUCGGAACUCACCAGCUGCAGAGAAACUACAGAACUCCCCAUUCUACAAAAACAUCAGAACUCACUAACCGCAGAUGAAUGUCAAAUCUCACCAGUUCUAGAGAAACAAUAAAACUCAACAGCUGCAGAAAGACAACUGAACUCACCAGUUUUAGAAGAACAUCAUAACUCACUCUCAAAUGAAAAAUCGACAGUGGAAAUAGCGUCGGAUUCUGUGGAUGACAAAGACAGACAUGGUGAGGUGAGGAUACAUCAGAAGAUAAUACGGAAAAACAGUAGGCUGCAAUCGUAAACAUAUACAUUUUAAUAAACCAUAUUAAUUUAACAAGUGUUAAUAUAAAUAACAUAUGAUAUCCAGUAAUAACAAUUUACAUACUAUUUUUAGAUUUCAGUAACGUAGGAGAGUGGUGCAGCUUUAACGGUCUGCCCAAUUUCCCCUUUUUUUGAGUGAAUCCCCAUUUUACAGUUACGGUAAAUUCUAUUUUCUUUUUUUCCAAAACACUUGACCCAGAUCGCAGAACCUCCUCUUUCAAAUGUGUUAAUUAACAAUGGUGGUUCAUCAUUGAAGGUUUUAAUGCCAUAAUGUGCAAUAUUUUAUACUUUUAUUUCUUAACUGACCUAUUUAACCUUUUCUUUCCUUGAUUGUUUUUUACAUAAUGAUUCUAAAAUAACCUAUAUAUUUUUUUAAACCUUGAUCCACCUUACAUAUCUUUUGUAUCAUUUGUAAUUUAUAGAUACAAAUUAAUGUGUGAACACAACUCUUUGUUUUAUUUUCGAAAAAUAAAACAUUUUGAUAGCGGAACCUGUUAAUUCUUUCUUUGUUCCCAUAUACAGUAUAUCAGUAACCAUACUAAAUUAAUAUUGCAUUAUUUAAUAUAUAAAAAUAAUAAAUUUAGUCACUGAGUAUAUUAGAUUCUGGCUGCUCUUGACUAGACAGUCUUGUUUCCAUAAAAUAUAUUUCAUGACAGUUGUUUUUAUUUUAUAUUUAUAAUUAUUAUUUGUUAUAGAAAUGAUGUGAAAUAUAUUGUUGGUAAAUACCUUUUUAAGAAUUU